AUGCGGCCAAGCCGGAUGGCCGAGCUGCGUCGCGGCACCGUCGACAUGUUCUACCACGGUUGGAACAACUACAUGGAGCACGGAUUCCCGGAGGAUGAGCUCCGCCCAAUCACUUGCAAGCCCCUGUCGCGUGACCGAGACGACCCCACGCAGAUCGGACUCAACGACGCCUUGGGGAACUACUCCCUCACCCUGAUCGAUAGCCUAUCGACCCUCGCGAUACUGGCGGGGGGCCCCGUCGACGAUUCCGGCACCGGCCCAAAAGCACUGGGCGACUUCCAGCACGGCGUCUCCGAGCUCGUCAGGUACUACGGCGACGGCAGGCAGGGCCCGACCGGCCAGGGCCUGCGAGCCUUCGGAUUCGACCUCGACAGCAAGGUCCAGGUGUUUGAGACGGUCAUCCGCGGCGUCGGCGGUCUCCUGAGCGCUCAUCUCUUCGCCAUAGGUGAGCUUCCCAUAGCCGGAUAUGACCCGCGUGGCGCCGCCGCCGGCCGUCGGUACCACGACGGCGGCGACGGCGACGGCGACGGUGACGACGAUCCGCUCGAGCUCCCCCCCAUACAGUGGCCCAACGGCUUCCAGUACGACGGCCAGCUUCUGCGCCUGGCCUUUGACCUCGGCCAGAGGCUCUUGCCGGCCUUCUAUACCCAGACCGGCCUGCCGUACCCGCGCGUCAACCUGCGCCACGGCAUCCCCUUUUAUACCAACUCGCCCCUCCACGGCCACCCAGAGGCUCCCAGCGGCGACUUUGUCGAGCAGAGCCGCCGUCGGGAGAUCACCGAGACGUGCAGCGCCGGCGCCGGCAGCCUGACGCUCGAGUUCGCCGUGCUCAGCCGCUUGUCUGGUGACCCGCGGUUCGAGCAGGCGGCCAAGCGGGCCUUUUGGGAGGUCUGGGGCCGGCGUAGUCCCAUCGGGCUGAUCGGCAACGGCAUCGACGCCGAGCACGGCAUGUGGAUCGGCCCCCACUCGGGCAUCGGCGCAGGCAUGGACAGCUUCUUCGAGUACGCGCUCAAGAGUCACAUCCUGCUGUCCGGAAACGACGCGCCCAACACGACGACGGCGACGACGCGGACGCCGACGGCGGCGUCCCACCGCCGGCCCAGCAGGACCGACUGGCUGGACCCAAACACCAUGUACGAGCCCCUGCCGACGCAGCUGCACUCGUCCGACGCCUUCCUCGAGGCAUGGCACCAGGCCCACGCGUCGGUCAAGCGCCACAUCUACACCAACCGCAGCACGUACCCCUACUACUCCAACAGCCACCGCGUCUCGGGCCAGCCGUACACCAUGUGGAUCGACAGCCUGGGCGCCUUCUACCCGGGCCUGCUGGCCCUGGCCGGCGAGAUCGACGAGGCCAUCGAGGCCAGCCUGGUCUACACGGCCCUGUGGACGCGGUACUCGGCCCUGCCCGAGCGGUGGUCCUUUCGCGGCAACGACGUCGAGGGGGGCAUAGGCUGGUGGCCCGGCCGACCGGAGUUCAUCGAGUCCACCUUCUACAUCUACCGCGCCACAAAGGACCCGUGGUACCUCUACGUCGGCGAGAUGGUCCUCAGGGACAUCAAGUGGCGGUGCUGGGCGCCCUGCGGCUGGGCCGGGCUCCAGGACGUGCGCACGGGCGAGAAGCAGGACCGCAUGGAGAGCUUCUUCCUCGGCGAGACGACAAAGUAUAUGUAUCUCCUCUUCGACCCGGACCACGCCCUCAACAAGCUCGACGCCCCAUUCGUCUUCUCCACCGAGGGCCACCCGCUCAUCAUACCCAAGAGGCAGCGCCAUGCGGUCACCGCCAGACGAAGCGCCGGCAGGCUGAGGAAGUCGACAACGUCGACUUCCGUCACCACAACUACUUCUACUACUACGACGACGACGACGACGAAAAAGACCAACAGGAGCAGCAUGUCGACGUACGCCUACCUGGACGAGACCUUCACCGAUAUGUGCCCGGUUGUGCGGCCGUCCAACCCUCUGUCGGGCUCCGUCACGGCCGCCCGCCCGGACCUGUUCGGGGUGUCGCGCUUCACCGGCCUGCACAAGGCGCCCAACGUCCACGGGCCCCUCGAAGCUGUACAGGUGCCGGACAAGCGACUGGGCCAUAGGGUGAUGCACCGUCCCACAUCCAACCACACCCUGUUCCCCUGGACCCUGCCGGAGGAGCUCCUGCCGCCGGACGGCAUGUGCACGGCGCCGCCACACCGUGCGAUAUCGUGGAUCGAGUUCCCGACCAACGACGCCGUCAGCUCCGUCAUGUCACGCUUCGGCACCUCGCUCAGCUGGCUGGACCACCAGGGCCCGACGGUGCGCAACCUCGAAGGUCUCCGACUCCAGCUGGAGAAGAUGAAGCGCCCGGCCGCCAGCACCACCAGGUACAACGAUGACGGGGAGCAGGAUCGGCAGCAGGAGAAGGUGCAGACCGAGACGUGGCGCAUCACGCACGUCGGUCCCACGGAACUAGGACAGCACGAGAGCGUCUUCUUUUACGCCGAGCACGUGCGCAACAUUGUCGACGAGGCCUUUACCGUCCUGCGCGACCCAGACGUUAUCAGUAUUAGGCUUAUGGUCGACAGCACUCCCGACAACCCCGAGACAAGCCGGGUCAUACCCCCAGCUUCCGGUGACAACAAUAGCAACACCACCUCCACCUCCACCAAUUCUUCUGCUACACAACAACAGCAACAACAACGGGAGGGAGAAGAAGAAGAGGAGGAGGAAGAGGCAGAAGAAGAAGAAGAAUCCGAGUCCUUUAUCCGUUCAUUCCUACGCGUCUUCUCCUCCGUCUUCGAACCAUCUUACACCAACGCCCCAUCCUCGACGCUGGACCCAGUCCCCGCUCCAAAGACAUACACAUGGACGGCCUACACGCCCACCGGACCGGGUGCCUUCCCAGCCCCGCCCGUAAUCGACACACCCAUCCCGGGGAGUCCCCCUCACAACGCGCGUGACCCGCUCCUCAACCUCCCCUGGCGAACAAUCUACAUGGCAGGCUACGCGUGCGACGAGCCCCUUCCUGACCGCGCCCCCAAGUCCCAUCAGGUUAUCGUCAUCCGUAGGGGCGGCUGCUCCUUCUCCCGCAAGCUAUCCAACAUUCCGUCCUUUUCCCCCUCCCCCUCUUCCCUACAGCUCGUCCUCGUCGUCAACGAGAGUAGCAAGUCUGAAGAAGAAGAAGAAGACGACGAUGACGACGACGACAACAGUGCCCACUACCCUGGUGAGGAGGACAGGCGCAACAAGCACAAGCACAAGAGCGGGAACAAGGACAAGAAUGGGAACAAGUACAAGCAAGGGGAACCACGAGGCAGCAUGUACCACGACGAUACGAGGCCUCUCCUGGAUGAGGAGCAGCGUACCCCUAGCGGACUGCGCCGUCCUCACCCCAUCCCCAUGGUCCUCGUCAGCGCCGCCCCGGGCGACUACGACUCCGUGUUCUCGCGUGCCGCCGGCAAAUAA